UAUUAUUUUAUAAUAAAAGCCAAGGAUUUUGCCUUUGUUUCUGCUUUUCUUUAAGCUUCAAUUUUCUUGGAUUUGUUGAUCUACUUUGUCUGAAGUUGGAAGGUGUUGAUCUUUGUUGUUGUUAAGCUCAUUUGGGUCACUAAUGAGUGGCUCAUGGAUGAAGAAUUUCUAUUGGAAAAUUCUAGUGAAAUGGUGAAGACAAAGUUUGAUUGUAUAUAGAAUUUUGUGAAGUGGGUUUUGUUUGAUUUGUGUAGAUUUGAUAUGGGUGGGUGUUUUCCUUGCUUUGGAUCAUCAAACAAGGAAACUGGAAAAGAUGAGGUAAAAAAAGAGUCUUUCAAGGAUGCUUCUUCUGCUGCUCAAUCUAUCCAUUUAACUAAAGUUAAUUCAGAUAAAUCAAAGUCUCGUGGAAGUCAUGAUCCUAAGAAAGAUCCAACCAUUCCAAAAGAUGGACCUACAGCACAUAUUGCUGCGCAGACAUUCACAUUUCGUGAGCUUGCUGCUGCAACAAAGAACUUUAGGCCUGAGUCUUUGCUUGGUGAAGGUGGAUUUGGGCGUGUUUAUAAAGGUCGGCUGGAAAGCACUGGACAGGUGGUUGCUGUUAAACAGCUUGAUCGCAAUGGUCUUCAAGGGAAUAGGGAGUUUCUGGUGGAGGUUCUGAUGCUUAGCCUACUACAUCAUCCAAAUCUCGUCAAUCUGAUUGGUUAUUGUGCAGAUGGGGACCAACGCCUCCUUGUUUACGAGUUUAUGCCAUUGGGUUCUUUAGAGGAUCAUUUACAUGAUCUUCCACCUAAUAAAGAACCAUUGGACUGGAAUACAAGGAUGAAGAUUGCAGCUGGUGCAGCUAAAGGCUUAGAAUAUCUGCAUGACAAAGCCAACCCUCCUGUAAUAUAUCGAGACUUAAAAUCUUCCAACAUACUUCUUGAUGAAGGAUAUCACCCUAAAUUAUCAGAUUUUGGGCUUGCUAAACUGGGCCCUGUUGGUGACAAGACUCAUGUGUCUACACGUGUGAUGGGCACAUAUGGUUACUGUGCUCCUGAAUAUGCAAUGACAGGUCAACUCACAUUAAAAUCUGAUGUGUACAGUUUUGGGGUUGUCUUCCUUGAGCUGAUAACAGGCCGCAAAGCAAUUGAUAAUACUCGGAGUCAUGGGGAGCAUAAUCUUGUUGCCUGGGCUCGACCACUAUUCAAGGAUCGGAGGAAGUUCCCGAAAAUGGCAGAUCCACUAUUGCAAGGUCGCUACCCAAUGCGAGGACUUUACCAGGCACUGGCUGUGGCAGCAAUGUGCUUGCAAGAACAAGCAUCUACUAGACCCUUAAUUGGGGAUGUUGUGACAGCUUUAUCAUAUUUGGCCUCUCAAACUUAUGACCCUAAUGCAGUUGGUGCACAAAGUAACCGUGUUGGUUCAUCCACUCCAAGGAGCAGAGAGGAUAGACUGCACUCGGUUGAUGGAGUAGAUAGCCCUGAAUAUAGCAGUGCUCACCAUGGUUCUCCUUCCAUCCAGAGGAAUUCUCCUGAUUCCAGGAAAAGAGAUUCCGCUAGGGAUUUCAAUACUGGGAUAGAGUUGAGGAAAAUUGCAACUAGCGGUGGAUCUGGUCGUAAGUGGGGUUUGGAUGAAUCAGAACGUCCUGAUUCUCAAAGGAACAGCCCUGUCAGUGCAGGUAGAACUAGAGAAACCCCAAGGAAUCGAGAUCUAGACAGGGAACGUGCAGUUGCUGAAGCUAAGGUAUGGGGCGAAAAUUGGAGAGACAAAAAGAAGACGAAUGCAAGGGGUAGCAGUUUUGAUGGGAUAAAUGAUUGAUUUACGCAACAAUAUAUGUUGCAAGGAUUUCUAGGAAUAUAGGUGUUGAUCGUCAUGAUGCAAACACGAGGUACUGCAUUUGCAUAAUCGUUGAGUUCUUGGUUUUUCCAUACUCAGCUUGAAAGUAAUAGUCCUGUCCUACUUUCUGUGUUUGCUGAUUGAAGGUUAUUCACUGUUGUUCAAUGUAAACUUACAUGUUUCCGCUGUUGUGGUCGAAGGAAACCACUGUUAAAAUGAAAGGGAAAUCAGGUUGAUGGUGCAAUGUGGGAGUAGAGUUGGGGGGGAGGGGUAAAUGGUUGCUGCAUUGUGGCAACAUGUUAAUCCUAUGUGUUAUGGGGUUUGUUGUAGAGUUUAUGGUACAGGAGAAGUGGGGAACCUAUCUAACUUUCUCUUCUUAUAUGUUCUUUGUAUGAAGGAUCUUGGUGGAUAUGGUUUCGGAUGUCCCUUGUAUAAUUAAUUCCAUUGUUGCACCUUGUAUUCUGUUGUAGUUUCCAUCUGUAAGGAUUUUCCGUCUUGGCUUUUAUAGAAAAGGGGUUUGAGUAAAUAUUUUGGAUA